GUCGACGCCGCAUCACCGUCGACAACUUGCCAGUGUACAGAGUCAUCUUGCUUGUCUGAUGGAUUUCUCACUUGCUGGGGAACAGCUCCCUAUCUCAUCAUUCUUUACGCAGCGCGGAAGCCAAAGCAAGCCAACGGCGAAGCGUAAAGGAGAUCGAGCGGACGAGACUGAGGACGCGCCUUCGAAGAGAACUAAGCAGAAGGGCCAACCACCUCAUCCAGUGAGGACGCCAGCCGCAUCCAAGGAGAAUGGUCAUUCGCGCGCUCGCUCGGGACCCGAAAAGGCGAACGUAGCUGUGCCUCCUGCCGCUACUGUACGUCGCGACCGUAAUGCCAGUGAGGACGUGAAUGUUUCCAGUCGUCCCAAAGAUGCCGGCGACCACCAUUAUAAUGCUGAGGCCUCGGCCGACCAUGAGCCCUUUCUGACGCCGAGAGACAAAGGUCGACGCCCCAUAUAUGCUGCCUCCACUCUCCCCACUCCGCCACCAACCCUUCCAGCAUCUCGUACUCGCACAAGAGCUCAGCCUGCUGAAUCGCCAUCAUCGACCCCACCAACAGGCAGUGCCAGCCGAAUCUCGGCGGAAAUCUCGAUACCGUCCAAGCCGACAAGUUCUUCGGCGCCGCAGAUCAAGGCCGGAACGGACGAUUCCCAUUCUUCCAACAUUGACAGUGCAGUAUCUCCGGGGAGUACUCAAGAACGAGACAUGAGUUAUAGGCAACAGUACCACCUACUUCUCUACCCGCCUGGGUGGACUCCUCCUGCAGAUAUAUCUAUCCCUUCCUCUCAACCUCAGGAGGAUGACCUGUUCCCCUCAUCUCAACGGAGAGACGAACCUUUGUCGUACUCUCAAGACUUCUACGUCCCGUCAUCUCAGUCUCAAGAACUGUCUGGGUUCAAGUCGCCCACUGUACCUCGAGAGCCAUCGUCACCCUCACAACAUCACAGCCAAUACGAGGUCAUUCCCUCUUCACAAAGCCAGGAACGCGAGUUUGUACUACCCUACGAGAUCACUUGUGGCAGAACGAAGACAUCGUCCAGUGAUAUAGUACCGACAUCGCAACACGAAGAGCUUGAGCUAUGUAUGCCUGGACGAUCGCAGCAAGCUGGAGAUCUCUGGCUCUUGGGCAUAGACCGUCCCGCCCCUAGGGAAAGCCCUGCUCCUCAGAAUGGGCUGAUCGUCGAAUCGCCGGAGCCCGCGUUGUCCUCAAGAGACCGCAUGAAAGAGCAACCUGCUAUGGACAAGCGGCGAGUAGAGUCGCCUAUGGGUUCCAGAGUUCCCUCACCGGUGAGGACUCGUGACAACGAGGCGGUUUCGAGGAACAGGAGCGAAGACGCGGUCACUGCGAUCCAUACCGAGGACGGCGGCGACGCGGAGCCGUCAUCACCUCUCACUCCUCUGACGCCCUCUUCGUUGGCGCCUUCGUCACCGAAACAUGUCUCGCCAUUGCGGCCCUCAUCUAUGCCACCUCCCUCAUUACCUCCACCCGUACCAAUGGUGUCGCCUAUCGCGGGAAGAACGUACACCCCCUAUGAACAACAAGCUUCACAAAAUCCGUCAUAUCAUGAUAUCAGCCAACGAUCGUGCACACCGUCUCAAGUGCGCCAAUUCCGGGAGAUGUUCGAGGAAUCGCACAGCUGGAUUCCGAGCCAGGACGACCUCAGCUUCGGAUCCCAAGUAAAUCUCGAGCAAUUGGCACGCGGGUUGCCAACUGGUACUCAGUCACAGACUGCCGCGUAUCCCCUGGAUCAAUCUGAACACUCCAGGGAGAUACGUAUCGCUCGUAAUCGCGCAAGCGAAAUGUCACCCAGCAACCACGAUUAUCACGCCACCGACAAUCGCAUGUCCACGCAGGAUAACUGGCUUGAGAGCAGAGACUACGUUGAAGGCGCUAGUUUCAGCUCAGAUGGGUCGUCAAUCCCACCGGUAGUAGACGACUUCUUGGCCUUGUUUAGCCAACCGGGUGCACAUACCGAUGAUGUAGAGCGGUAUGGAGACGACGACUGAGCUGGCACUAUUUACGAUUGUAUAUCAUCAUGCCCUUUGUCGAGGAACGAGGCAUGCUCCACGACGAGGGCUUGAUCCGUCUACGACCUGUACGCUUCACUCGCCAGACUGCGUAUCAAUAACCACAUAUUCGUGCCUGCCCCGAAAUUCCUACGAAGAGUUGACCGAUGUUCGUACAUCGCAAUUCAGUCCAAUUAAAACAACCUCAGACUGGUUUGCCCGCGGUGCAUAUCGGCCGGGCUUGGGAACUCGGUCAGUCGAGUCUGGGCAGGGAAGGUCUCGUCCCUUCUAUGUAUCCGAAACUUCCCAGACUUUGUUGAGCAUUUCGUGGCCGACCAGUGGGGUGCCCGGCCGAGAUCCCGACCCGAUAUAUGAUAGUACAG